AUAACAAGAAAUCCAAAAUGUCGUCUGACAGCAGAGGUUGUCGCCUACUUUCAGAUUUAAACAGCGUAUUUCGCAAAGACCCUGAGAUUGAUGAAUAUGACUUUCUACCAGUACUGGAGCCCAAACACAACCGAAGUCCACUCAUUCUACAAGACCAUAAACUUGGACUUGAGAUGUGGAGUGUCAAAAUACUUCAUCAUUAUGCCUACAAUACACUGAUGACAUGGAGGAUGAAAGAAGUUAAUGCCAAAUUCUUAGGUCAAUUGGAUUUGAUAAAUCUGACUAGAGCAAUAGUGUUGGUCAAUCCAGAUUGUUCUACUGCAUGGAACAUCAGAAAAGAAUUAAUAGAGAGUGGUGACCUAUCAGUAGCAGAUGAUUUGAAACUUGGAGCAUUGGUAUUGGGAAAACACCCAAAAAGUCCUGAAACUUUUAGUCACAGGAAAUGGUUAUUUACAACCUUAGUAGAUUCAUGCCUAGCCAACAGCAGUGGGAGUACUGUUAGUAAUAGUAGUGUUAAUAUGUACAAUAACUUCGUUAAUAUGGACGCUAUUGAUGUCAACUUAGAUCCCAAUGUACAGAAUGGAUUUCACGUUGAUCCUUCAUCAAAACAGCCAGACUUCCAAGAACAUGCAUUUAAAGAACUCAGAAACUGUCAAAAAGCUAGUGAUAAAUAUCCUUCCAAUUAUAAUGCUUGGAGUCAUAGGAUAUGGGUUGUUAAAUAUUGCUUAAAUUGUUCACUUCAGGUUUUAUUUGGCGAACUACAUACAACAGAAAGCUGGGUAUCUAAACACAUCUCUGACCAUAGUGGUUUACAUUAUAGACAAUUCUUAUUAACAAGUUUACAGAAACAAUCUAUAGAUCUGAAGGAACAAUUUUCUGUCUGUUAUAAAAAUUUGAUACAGAAAGAACUUGCUACAACUACAGAUCUGAUCAAAUGUUACGAGGGGCAUGAAGCUCUCUGGUAUCAUAGGAGGUACAUAUUCCAGAACCUUUGUCAGAGUUACUCAGCAGGUACCUUAGUAGAAUUGUUUCACCCACAACAUGAAUAUGAAGAUGAUAUUGUGUUAAACAUUAGCCAAAAGAAAACAAAACUGGAAAAUGAAAGACAAGUGCUUCUUCUUAAAGAAAUAGACACUGUAACCAAAAGUGAUUUAACCAGUAAAGAUAAAUUUCAUAAAAGUUUGGCACAGAAAUACAUUGACUGGAUACAAAAAUUUUCAAGGUCAUUGGAGAGCUAAUAGUCAAGAUCUUUGGAAAGCUUGUUAAAGAACUGAAUACAAACUGGAUACAAAGAUUACUCUUGAUUUAUUUGUUUUUGUCUGAUCAAAGAUAGAUUUUGUAAUUUCAUCUUAAAAACUGUGGGUCACUGACCUUGUUUUUUCGUUAAAAUACAUACAAAUCACAGUUAUUUCAUUUUGCUCAUAUGGGGGAACUUUA